AUGAGACAAUAUUUACCAUAUGGAAAAUUUAAAUGGUGUAAUGUAAAAGAGAUGACAACACAUGACACAGAAACUGGUUACAUUUUAGAAGUUGGUCUAAAAUAUCCCAAAGAAUUACAUGAUUAUCAUUCUGAUAUACCUUUAGCUCCAGAGAACAGAAUUCAGGAUAGUUCAAAUCAAUCAAAGUUAAUAACAGCAUGUAAUAACAAUAAUAACGUAAUCCAUUACAGAAAUCUAAUAAAGUGUCAGGAGAUGGAAUUGAAGGUUAGAAAGGUACAUAUAGUUUUAGAAUUUAAACAAUCGAAAUGGUUGAAGAAAUAUAUAGACCUGAAUACAAAGAUGAGAACAAAUGCCAAAAAUGAUUUCGAAAAAGAUUUUUAUAAGCUGAUGAAUAACUCUGUAUUUGGAAAGACAAUGGAAAACAUAAGGAGAGAGUUGAUAUCAAGUUAUGUUGUGAUGCUAAAAAGGUUGAGAAACUGA